AUGAUGUUGGGAAUUUUAAAUCAACCCAAAAAGAUUUUACAAUUAAAGAUUCGAGAAAAUUCAACAGAUUUAUUAUCUACAUCAACAUCUUUUUCAUCAAGGACAACACAAGGAUCAACAACUGCACCUUCGUCGUCAAGCAUUCAACAACAACAAACCUCAUCUUUAAUGAGCACUAACCAAAAUUCUUUUUCAACGACAACAACCUCACAAUUCACUUCUAAUAGUAGCCCAAAUUCCGCACAAACUUUUUCAUCCUCACCAGAAAAUUCGUCUUCAAGAAUGUCAACACCUACUACUUCCAUUUCUACUCAGCCGGCUUCUACCACAAGUAUUCAACAGUCACAGAGUUUACAAACUUCACAGCAGUCUCAACCAUCACAACAAUCACAACAAUCACAACAAUCACAACAAUCACAGCAAUCACAAUCACCAACUUCGACAAGUCAAGCACCACUGUCAACAAUGUCAGAUAAUAAUACCUCAUUUGUUUCACCAAGUGAUACAAGCUUACUGGUUUCUGCAACAACAACAUCUUCAAGUUCCACUUCAUCAAGCUCAUCAUCUCUGACACCUAGCACCAGCGACGUAACAACAAGUAGUAGUGCUAGUAGCAGCCCAAGCUCAACCACAUCUUCAAGUUCAUCGACAGCGUUUUCCAGUUCCACUACAGAAACUUCGUCAUCAGCCACCAGUUCUAGCUCCACAACAUCUUCCAGUAUUCUGUCUACUCAACUGAAUACUUCACUGUCGUCAAAUACUUCAUUUUCAAGUUCAACAACAGCCAGUAGUAGUUUUAGUUCCAGCACCAGCUCUAGUUUCAGCCCCAGCCCCAGCUCCACUACUAGUCUGAGUUCCAUCUCUAGCACCAGCUCCAGCUUCACUACUAGUCUGGACACGAGUGCUAGUUCCAGUUCCAGUUCCAGUGUUAGCCCCAGCUCUACUACUAGUCUGAGCUCCAGCUUUAGUUCAAGUUCAAGUUCAUUAACUAUUACUUCUAGCUCCACUACAAGUUCAAUUCCAUCAUCAUCAGAAGUUUCAUCUACAUCUACGUCUGCAUCUUCUUCAUCUUCAGAUUCAUCAACGUCAACUUCUUCAUCUUCUGAAACUGACCAAUCAUCAAGCUCAACCACACAAAGUUCAACUAGAUCAAGCUCAACAACCACGUCCAAAUCGUCUUCUAUCACCGAUUCACCAACCACCAGUAAAGGCAAUUCUAUUACAUCAUUUACAUCGUCCUACACUUCUAUCAUCAAAAACCCUGACACUACCAUCACAACAGUUGUAGCUGUACCCACAUCAGCAGAAGUAUCCGGUAAUUCAGGACAAAGCACAGUAGAGAGAAAUUCAAAACUUAUUGGAGGAUUAGUGGGUUCAAUUGGUGGAUCUAUUGUCCUUGGUGUUUUGGUGGUACUUUUCUUAUAUUUGAAAAAACGUAAACGUAACAACUUGACCAAUCAACAACCCGAUUUCAAUAAAUUCAUAGCUGGUCGUGAUGGUGGUGAUUUAGAUGAUGAUGACGAUGAAAGCCCAUUGGAAGAAGAAGACAACAAACACAUUUAUCAUGAUAAUGCUGGUGACAACAUGGUACAAAAUUCUAAAAUGGGAUGGUUUAAAUCGAUUUUUAGUAAUUCCGGGUCUGGGACAUCUAAUGCAUCAAAUUCGAAAUUAUUGGGGGGUGUUGUUGGUGGCGGUGCCGCAGGUGCCAGUGCUGGUGCUGGUGCCGGUGGUAUUUUCAGAAGAUUAGAUCGUAAUGGUGAUGAUUUAGAAAGACAAGCUGGUGGUAGUUAUGGAAGCACUGGUCGUAAUAAUAAUGACACUGAUAAUGAUUUUGUUUAUCGAGGAGUAACCAAUUCAAAUAAUCUUGACCAGAUUUUUAGAAGUAAUAAUAAUACUUCAAGUGCAGCUAGAAAUUCAACAAUUGCCGAUGGAUCUGCUGGUGUUACUUCAGGUACUAAUUCAGCCAAGCAUACUAGAAUGAGUUCAUAUGGUCAUCCAUUGGCUAACCCUGAUGAUUUUAAUUUCAAUGAAGAAUCAUACCCAAUAGCUGGUGGUGUUAUAGGUGGUGGUGAAGAUUAUCGUCCACAUACUGCAUUCAGUUCACAUUAUGACGAUGAUCAAAGCAGCAGUGGUAGUACUAGUGACGAUGGAGAAUUCCAUCCUUCAGAUUAUGAUUCGUUUAUAAUGCCUGGAGAUGAAGCACCAGAAGAACCAGCUCAUCAGUACCGACCAAGAAAUAUCUUUAGUGAUGGACGACAAAAUUCAACGAAUUCGUUAUCCAGAUUCCAUGAAGAUGAUAUCUUUUAA